AUGGGGCACGUAUUCGUUUACACUAUUAUUCAAGCGGAACUUAAAGGUGCUGUGUCGACAAAUAAACGAGUUGAAAAGCAAAAUUCUCGGUGGAUUUAUGAACGCGAGCUCUAUGAGGUGAAAGUUUCAUCUGGAGCGUUAUCGCGCGGCGAUUGGCAGCACUUAAGUCAGCUCAAUGACUGA